UUUGACAACCAGGGUUGAUAUCAUAGCCAAUAUAUAUAAGGUAUUGGGAGCAAAGGAUUUUUUUUUGGUGAUACAUGAGCUAGAUGAAGGUUUUGAUUUUGUUUGGACCUGUAAUGUUCCGAAUCCAGUCAAACUUCUUAAUUCCUUGAUUUGGCAUGGAGUGAGUGGUUUUUGAGUGGAUAAGCUUAUAGGCACUAUUGGUGGCAAACUUACUAUUACUUUUGAGGAUAUAGAGUCUUGGCGAUAUCUAAAGCGACCAUUGCUUUUCAACGUACGUCUAGGGCAUGUGGAGUUCGCGUUAAGAUUAAUCUAAAAUGACUAAUCAUGUCUAGUGUUGAGGAUGAUGUCAUGAUUGUUUCCUGAGGUAACGACAACCCUUUAUUUUCACUAACUACCUUCGGUCUCUUUUCUUUCUGAUACAUUUAUUACCGACAGAAGUAGUUUUCUCAUUUUCGGUAAAAUUUUCAAAAGUUGUCUGUAAGUGGAAAUUUUUAGGUUGGAAAUUUUUCCGUACAAUUUUCAAAAGUUACUCUAAAAUGGGGAAUGUCUUUUCAGUUUCAUGUCUGGGACACAUGGAGAGAUCAUAUUGAGAAUGAUCUCGUCGUCGGUUAUCAAGGUAAUUAUUUAUGACCUUUGCUUAAGAAUAUCAACUCCGUUCACCCUUUCUAAUGACAACCUUUGCUUAUUGAAAUGGAGGGAAAUACUGAUUGUAUCAUUUAGUUAAAUUAUUUCAGACAUUUUCCAUAAAAUUUAGUAAAAUUGAAAUAAAUCAAUACGAGAUAUUGGUACCAUUAAUUUAAAAAACUAAUGUGCUACAACAACAUUUAUAAAUUAUGUUUAUUUUUUAAAAGUCAUCUAACUAUAAUUACUUUUAUUUGAAAUAUACUAGAAAGACUCAUUAGAUCCUAUGAAUUGGAUAUAUGUUUUACUUCUUUGACUUAUAUCCAACCAUGCCAAAGAUUUGUGGAUUUUCACAUUGACUAUAUGUAUUAUACAAUAAAUACUUCAACAAACUCCUUUAAAAUGGAAAAAAGUUUUAAAUUACAUUUUAUUUAUGGAUGAGUUGGACAUUAAAUACAGUGUACUAACCAUAAUUUCCAUCAAGUCAGUGACUCUAUAUAAUGAAUCCAAAGUUUAGUGUUUGGCACCCCAAACAAAAACAACUCAUUGCUUCUCCUAAAUGAAGUUUACCCUUUCUUUAUGCCUUUUCAAACUCUUUAGUGAGUGAACCUUUUGAUUUUGGAUUUAACUUUUGUUAAAUCGAGUUUCUUUCUUGAUAUAAAGAAUCCAUUUUUUUCACUUUUUGUACGACCCCUUUUUUAAUUGUCUUGAUUUUAUUUUUGGGAUGAGUUUAUUUGAGUUUCAAAAGAUUGUUUUAUAAUUGGUUUCUUGCUAGAGUUUGAGCUUUGAAGUUUUCUGUGUUCGUCUUUGAUAUUGCUUGUUUUGUUGGAUAGAGGUUGAACAGUUUCUUUUUUGCCACUUUUGAUGAGUGAAUUUUUUUUCAUUAGAAAUUUAUGUUUUUUUAAUUUAUUUGAGUGCAUAUUUAAUUAUUUUUUUUUGCAGAAAAUGAUGUUUUUUAUAUAUAUUUAAGCGAUUUUGGGGAAAAAAUCUUUUGACUGAGAGGAAUAUUUUAUUUUUCUUGUAUAUCCAUUUGCUUUGAUAACAUUGCUGCUUUUAGUAUGAUUACUAGAGUUGUUUUUUGUUGUUCACAAUUUUGUUUGAAUAAUGAAUACUAAUUUUCCCUUUUGUUUUGGCAAUUUUUAAUUUCUCUGUUGCUAUGUUUCUUAUCAAUUUUAACGGCCGGAUUUCCACUGAAUGUUGUUACAUUGAAGAAUAGAGAUUUAAGUAACUGAAAUGUAGUAGAAUUUGUAAUCUCAAAGAAUAUUAAUUCUUUUGCAGCUUCACAUGUAUGAUAAUAUUGUUGGUUCAUUGAGCUAAACUGGAGUUCUUAUUGUUUUUAGCCUGUCUUUGGGGUUCCACAUAUAUGAUAAAUAUUUCUGCUUUGUUUGUCUCACUGGAAUUGUUCCUCUUUCUAUUAGCCUGUCAUUUUGUUUUUUCUUUUAUUUAUCCUAUCAAAGAAUUAUUAUCUACUUCUUUUUUGUUUAGCUACUCUAAUUCUCUGUUUUUAUGUUUUUAUCUUUAACUUAUAAUCCACUCAUGUCCAUAUUAUCACUUGAAUGAAUUUUGUUGCAGGAGCGAAACUAUUACAGCAGUAAUAAACACUCAAAGAUAACAUAAUCAACAUGGUUGAUGAUAACAUCAGUGAUGAUGCGGAUGAAAAGUCGUUGGCGAUUUCAGAUAAGGAAAAAGGAAGCAGGAACAAGAGGAAGUUUGAAUCUAAGAUUCCUCUUGGAACUUCUUCUGAUUCACAUGGGUCGUCUCUUACGGAGUUUCAAAAAUCUGAUUUAUUAGAGAAACCAACGAAAGGAGUCACUCUAUUUGAGUUUGACCCAUUGACGAGCAGGUGUCCUCAGUAUGAUGCUGAACAAGAAGUGGAAACUGCACCAAAUAUAGAUUCUGAGGACAUGUCGGCCUACUGUAGUUUUGUUUUGGACAAGAAACUGGACUCGUCUUUUUCUGGUGCAACAAGGAAGAGUUCGCACUCUAAAAUGAAAAUUUUGGUUAAAUGCAAUCAACCUCUAGCUAAAGAAAGUUUUGAUAGUCAAUGCCUUUCCUCACCCAUAGCACCUGCAAGUGACACUUCCAAAGUGCCACCUAUUACAGAUAAUAUAAGUGAAAAGGAUCUGGAUUCAUUAUCCAUGGAGCCUAAGUCCAGCAAAAAAAUCCCCGCUAACACAACUAUUUCUUCUGCGGUGCAGGAUUAUUUUGUUGGUAUCCCAUAUGAUGAGUCUUUGGGUAAAUAUGUCCCUCGAAAUGAGAGAGAUGAAACUAUAUUAUUUCUAACUUCUCAUUUGAAGACACUGCAGGAAGAGCUCCAAGGGUGGUCUGAUUGGGCAAAUGAGAAGGUAAUGCAGGCUACCCGGAGGCUUUGCAAGGACCAGGCUGAGCUUAAAAGGAUGAGGCAAGAAAAAGAAGAUGCUGAAAAUGUUCACCAGGAAAAGAAUAUGCUGGAGGAAACCACCAUGAGGAGGAUUAUGGAGAUGGAGCAAGCGUUGGUAAAUACUAAUUCCAUGGGUGAGACAAUUAAUUCUCUUCUUAACACCUUGGAGAUGGAUAAUGUUGGACUGAAGAAGGAUUUAGAAGCCGUAAUGCCCUCUGCCGGCAAGCAUGCUAUGAACGUCAAUAAUGCUUUAGCAAAAGAGCAGGAAGCACUAAAGAAGUGUCAAGCAGCGGACAUGGAGAAGCGCUCAUUUGACGAGGAUUUAUCUGCUAUCAAGCAGGAAAAAACUUCUUUGCAACAGCAGCAAGAGAAAGCCAACAAGGUUCUGCACCAAUAUAAGGAUCUAUUUAAUCAUGAGGAAUCGGUGAAACAAAAAUUUCAACAACAAGUUGAUUGUCUGAAAAAUGAAAGAGAACAACUCCGUGUUAAGGGAAAAGUGCAGCGGCAUAAUUUUAGAGAGAAAGUAGAGAGAAACAAGCAAAAGUAUAAAGAAGAAACACAAAAGUGUGAGAGUGAAAUUUCUCAGUUGAGAUUCCAAUCUCAAAGAUCAAUAACAGAGGCACUCAAACGAGGCAUUCCUCAAUUGACAAAGGGUUUAUCAACCUAUGCAGAAAGUUCAGACUCUAAUGUUGUAAAGAUGGAGAGGGAGUGUGUUAUGUGUAUGCAUGAACAUAUAUCAGUGGUCUUUCUCCCUUGUGCACAUCAAGUUCUUUGUGAAGAUUGCAAUGUGCUUCAUCAAAAGAAAGGAAUGGACGAAUGCCCUUCUUGUAGGACACCAAUUAAGGAGAGAAUUAGUGUCCAUUUUCCUGAUUCCGAAUAGUUAGCAACUUCAGAAUAGCAGCAGGAAAAUGAAGCUUGUCAUUAUUUUUUUUUCAGAAAAAGUUUCUUCUUUCUUCUGGCCUUUCUUUCCUAACGUAACUGUAAUAAAUAUUAGGAAAAUGCAAAAAAGGUAUAGAGAUAUGUAGAAAGUACAUGUCAGAAGAGUUAGAAAGAGGGAGACCUGCUUAAUGGUUGUAGUAAAUCCUCAACUUUGAUGGUUUAAAAAAUAAUGUUGUUCUACGUGCUUUAACUUAAUCUACAUACUUUUUUUUUAAUUUAACCAUUUGUUAUUUAAAACGUAACAUCCUACUAAUUUUAUUCGCCCAAGGGGUAAAUUUUCGUUCACACGAUUCAAACUUUAGAUAUCUUAUUCCCAUUUUCCUUUAUACCACUUCCCAAGCCAAACAAAUUACUUCUUUGCCACAUUCUAUUAACUUACACCGGUUUCCUAACCUUGUUCUUCAAAAUUAACUCCAUAUGAUAUAGAGUAGUUGGAUCUUGAUUGUCUACUAGCAAGAAGUGGAACUU